AUGCCUGCCAUCGGCCCUGCUAUCCCAGAGCACCUACUCAACACGUCAACCGCCUCUGAAGACGAAGAUGACGAUGCUUACGCACCACCUCUACCACCCGAUAUGGUUGCCGGUGGCUCGACUCUCAAACCCCAACCAACAAUCCAAGGACCGUCGAUACCAGCAGCAUCGGCAUACGAUGACGACUCAGAUGAUGAUAUCGGCCCCCAGCCGCUUCGCUCUGGUGUGGCGUCUGAGGAGAGGGAUGCUGUUGCCGAGUUCAUUGCAAAGGAAGAAAGCAGGAGAAAGCAAGUCGAAGAAGCUGCCAAUCCUAAGGCACUCAAGCGCGAUGAGUGGAUGAUCGUCCCACCCAGCUCGUCUGGUCUUCUCGGGACCCUCGACCCUGCGAAACUGAGCAAGGGGCGCCAAUUCUCACGCGGCACCGUCGUAGAACGUAAUGAGGGAGCGAGCACUCUCUGGACAGAGACACCUGCGGAAAGACAGCAACGGCUUGCGGACGAGGUUUCCGGAAAGAAACGGCGGCUGGCCAACAGCGAGGCCAGCUCCGCGGCGGGCAAAGGAGACGAUCUGGAGUCUCGAAAACGCGCCCGUGUGGAUGCGGAACUACGCGACAGCGUCGCUGAACACACACGAAGAACUCGUGGUGCUGCAUUGGUUGACAUGCAUGCGGCAUCAGGCAAGGGUGAAGAGAAAGACGAAGCCAAGGCCAUCUGGGAUAGAGACCGCGACAUGGGCAUUAGCGGGAGGCUUAUGGAUGCGGAAAAGAGGAAUAAAUUGAUUAAAGAGGCGAAGGGACUGGGAGACAGAUUUUCGACGGGAAAGACUGGAGGGUAUUAUUGA